CGCGAACACAUCAAAUGCCCACAAAGCAGAGAGAACCAUCCCAUCCCACUCACUCACUCAAUCCCCCUUGCUUGCAUGUGUGUGUGUGUGUGUGGUUGACAGCAAUUGUUGCUUCAACUUGAAACCAGCACCAAUACGUGCUCGUUUUCCUGACAUUCAUCCGUCACCAACCAGCCAACCGUCUCGCUGGCUGACUGUUCUUUCUGUCUCGCUUGCUGGUUGCUUGCACCUCCCUGCACACAUCUACACACUGCUGCCCUUUCUUCUUCAUUUCUUCAUUUCAUCCAACCACUCCAACCUUCAAUGCAACAAAGCACCACACAGCUAUCUCCGACAACGGUUUCCCCUUUCUUUCAACACGUACACACACAGUCAUCAGUUACCCAGCGCGCCAAACCAUCCAUUCAUCAUCACACCACAUCCCAUCGAUCAACGUCCACCCACCAAUUCAUCCACCCAUCCAUCCAUUCAUUCAUUCAUCGACAUCGGCAUUGGCAUCAGCAUCAGCAUUGGCAUUGACGCCCAUACCAGCCAGCCCGUUUGCUUGCCACAUUCACAUUGUUGCCGUGUCGCGCACGUGUGACGGACAGACACAUCAAGAGCUGCAAGCCAGCUGAAGCAACCACAACAGACAGCACCAACAGAACACAAACAUGCGAAGCGUAUGGCUGUUCACCACAACCACCGCCGUUGUCGCCAGUGUGCUGAUUGCAUUGCUGACAGCUCCUUCCGCCGCUGCUCGCAACUACACGUGCUUCCGGACGUGUCCGCAGGGCAAUUUGAGCGCGUGCGACACGGCGCUGGACAGCCAGCACGAGAACUGGUACAUUGACGCCGCGCCAACAACCGCCUCCGUGCGCAUUGCGGGCGACUGGCAGCACGUGGAGGAUGAUGGUGCGUCGCUGCAGGUGACCUCGUCCUCUGCGUAUCUGGGCGGCUAUUUCCUCGACGACAGGGACCAGGACAAGGGCGAGAAGAGCGUCACCUUCACCAUGCGCGUGCCGCUGCCGGGCACCUACAAGGUCGUCCUGCUGCACCCGGCGAGCGACGUUGCUGCCAGCGCCGUGCCCGUCGGCAUCACCAGCUUCCAGGCCAACGACGUCGCCGUCGGCGUGGACCGCAAGGUUGACCAGCGCACACAGUCGCACCCAGACCUGGGCGGCACGUACCUGGGCACCUUCACCAACGUCUCCACCCACAUCGUCGUCGCCGUCACCACCACCAACACCCACGUUGAGACAGACAACUUCCUCGGCAACCACGUGCUUGUGGACGGCCUUCUGCUGCAGCCCACCGAGGUCGACGUGUGCGGUCUCCUCACCACCACCACUACCACAGCAGCAUCGCAGAGCACGGGUGGUGGUGCGUCCACGGCAGGAAGAACUUCAACAGCGGAGGCGACGGCGGCGCCCGCAACAACCACGCGGCCUGGCCUGACGGCCGGUGGCAGCGCGACGUUCAUUGAGUCUGACGCGUUCAUCAUCAUCGCCUGCGCUGCGGGCUUCCUCAUGGUGUGCGGGCUGAUUGUGCUGGUGGUGAUGUGGCGGGUCUCGCGCAACCGCAAUGCCGUCGACGACAACAAGGACAAGGACGGCGACAAGAAGGCGCAGGGGGAGGGCGCGGUGGUGGAGGUGGACGGAGAGCAGACGGGCGUCGUGCGCGCCGUCUCUGUUGCCAUCAUCGAUGAUGAGUUCCUGGACCAGGGCGCCAUCUGGGAGUGGGAUCGCGUCGACUGCAAGGACUCAAAGGCGUGAUGUCGCCGCAGGGGUUUGAGUUGGGGAGACGAAAGACGGGAGUGUUCACUGGGUGGAUUUUGGUGGUGGUGGUAGUGGUGGUGGUGGUGGUGAUGGUUAUGGGUGUUGGGUGGUUGUUGAUGGUAGUGCGUGACAGUGGGUGAUACUUGCUGUUCUGCUUUGAUUUGAUUUUUAAUUGACCCUGUCUGUACAUCACAUUACAUUACAUGACAUGCAUGCACGUGUCGUACUUCUGCUUCUGUUAGUCUGUAGAUGCGGUACAUUCAUCAGAGAACGCGUGUUGCUGUUUUAUUUCAGGUGUGAUGCAUGUCUUCUUUCUCCGAUAGAUCUUGUUCCCGCAGCACCAUGGCGUUGCGUGUGUAUGCGGUGGAUGGCACUGAAUGAACGAAACACACACAAGCAAGCGAAAGCAAGCCAAGCAAAAGUCGAAACA